AAAGUUUACAAAAUGCGCAUUUAUAAUGUGCAGGGUCGCAUAAUCACUUCCGUCACUCGAUUGUCUUCAAAACAGUCGAGGUCGAUAAUGUUGACCCUCGAAAAUGACAAUCGGGUCGAUUGUAUCAGAGCGGCUCCAACUGCGGACGAGCGAUGCAAAAAUUACUAAUAACAAUUUUCGUGACCAUCUCGGCGGCCACGGGAUUACCACCCCCAGUGACCGAAGGUGCGGUUUGCCCGCACGAGAGGUCGAUGGAGGGUUUGGACAUGCGACAGAUGGUCGGCGAGUGGUUCGUCUACGAGACGGCCACUGUAAACGAGGAGGGUGGAUCCUCCAAGCCAGUAUCGUGUCAGUCGUUCAUCAUCGAUAACAGUUCGGACACGGUUUACGUGCUGAAGAGCGUCUGGGGUGAUAGUCGCUUCAAGUUCAUCUUCAACUACAACAUUAUUGAGGAGGAUCGACCGAUUAAUCCCGUUUCGAAGACAAGCUUGGGUACGGACAAAAUCGACGGAGACGAGACGAUUUUCCUCAACCAGGCUGUCGACGAGAUCAGAAUGUCCGUACUUGCGACGGACUACAGAAACGUUGCGGUUAUUUUCACCUGCGAGCAGGAGGAGACCUAUACGCGGAAGGUGUACCUGCUGCGUCGGAUACGCGAUCCCAAGGCGAUGAAGCGCAUGGAGAAGAUAUUAAUUGGGAACGUCUACUCGAAGUUACACGAAUACGGAUUCGACCUGGAGAAUUUGCAAGAGGUGGAACAGGAAGGCUGCUAAGAUUCUCGCCAUUUUUUGAAUAAACGACAUUCCUUACA